CACUCUGUCUACUGUUGACAACGUCAGAUCGUUGUAGAGUUUCCGUCCCUGCUUUGUUAAUCUGCUUUGUGAACUUUUUUUCUGGAAAAGCAGAGAAAGAGAAGAGAAAAAAAGUCUUGUCUUUUCACAUCCAAUUGCCUUUGAGGAGCUGGGAAAAGAGCAAUUCACACUUGAUUAGCUCACAUCAGGUAAAUUGGCAACACCCGAGCGGCCGGCAGUCGGCCCGCGCGCUCUCCCCUGCCUGACCGGCCGGUUCGGUGCCACCGCGGAGGCCAUGCUUCCUUCCCGGCCAGUGUUGGCUCUGGGCUACCUGUUAACUCUGGCCUUGAGCCAGUCGUUCCAAUUUCGAGAGUAUGACUUUCUCCAAUUUCUGGGCUUAGACCAGGUGCCUUCGCCCCAGAAAUUCCAACCUGUGCCUUAUGUCUUGAAGAAAAUUUUCCAGGACCGAGAGGCAGCAGCCGCCACGGGCGUCCCCCAAGACUUAUGCUACGUGAAGGAGCUGGGCGUCCCUGGGAAUGUACUUCGACUUCUCCCAGACCAAGGUUUCUUUCUUUCCUCGAAGAAACUUUCCCAAGCUUCCCCUUGUCUACAGAAGCUCCUCUACUUUAACCUGUCUGCCAUCAAAGAAAAGGAACAGUUAACAAUGGCCCAGCUGGGCCUGGACUUGGGGCCCCGCUCUUACUAUCACCUGGGACCAGAACUGGAAUUGGCCCUGAUCCUGGUUCAGGAGCCUCCCGAGUGGGGCCAGGCCAGCCCCAAGCCAGGUAAAAUAUUCUCACUGCAUUCAGUACCAUCACCUCAAGGUGCCCUUUACUUCAACCUUCUGGAUGUAGCUAAGGAUUGGAAUGACAACCCCCGGAAGAACUUGGGUUUAUUCCUGGAGAUACUGGUCAAAGAAGACAGAGACUCUAGGAUGGAUUUUCAGCUUGAGGACACCUGUGCCAGGCUGAGACGUUCCCUUCUUGCUUCCCUGCUGGUGGUGACCUUCAACCCUGAGCAGUGCUCCUCUUCCUCCCGAAAGAGGAGGGCAGCCAUUCCUGCCCUCGGGGCUUCUUACAAGAACCUCUGCCACCGUCACCAGUUGUUCAUUAACUUUCAGGACCUGGGUUGGCACAAGUGGAUCAUUGCCCCCAAGGGGUUCAUGGCCAAUUACUGCCAUGGAGAUUGUCCUUUCUCACUGACCACCUCUCUCAACAGCUCCAAUUAUGCUUUCAUGCAAGCACUGAUGCAUGCAGUUGACCCAGGGGUUCCCCAGGCCGUCUGUGUCCCCACCAAGCUAUCCCCCAUGUCCAUGCUCUACCAUGACAAUGACGACAAUGUCAUUCUCCGACAUUAUGAAGACAUGGUAGUUGAUGAAUGUGGCUGUGGGUAGGAUGUCAGAAAUACGAGUAUUCCUGGGGCAAAUCUUCUAAUAAAACUACCUAUGUGAAAUGAAAAUAUACCUAUGUUUAUAAUUCAUCUUCCUGGAAAAUCUAUCAUGAUUAUGCUGAUAAUUACACAUGUAAAAACAGACACAUACAUGUACACACACUUAUGCUGGAGCCCUAAUGACCUUGGUGAAUUUCUGC